CUUGGGCGUCAUGAUUAUGGUCAUCAAUCUCUCCCACUUCACGAACCCUGCUUCUUUUCUCUUUUACGCCCUCUGAUCUUGUUGGGUUAGCUAUCUCAACAUUCCACUCAACUACCUUACAGCUCCUGCUACGGAUACCUGAUAUUCUACGACCCCGUACCCCUCUGUUUCCAGCUACUUUAAACUCCUCCCCACCUCUCGUAGCCAUCUCCUCUCCUUCGGUGGCGCAAGAUGAAGCUCACAUUCAAGGAUCUCAAACAGCAGAAAUUCGUAAUUGAUGCAGAGCCCUCGGAGACGGUUGCACAAGUGAAGGAAAAAAUCUCCAAGGAAAAAGGAUGGGAGGUACCUCAGCUCAAGCUCAUCUACUCCGGGAAAAUCCUCCAAGAUGACAAGACCAUCGAGACAUACAACAUUGAGGAGAAGGGCUUCAUAGUAUGCAUGGUAUCGAAGCCCAAGGCUCCCUCGUCUGCCGCUACACCUUCACAGGCCCCUUCGACACCUUCGAGAGCUGCUGCCUCCACGCCUGCUGCCCCAUCUGCUCCUGCCCCGUCUGCUGCCCCAUCUGCUCCGGCUGUACCUACGACCCCCUCACCCGCCGCUCCGGCUCAGGCACCCGCUGAUGCCUCUGCUGCGUUCAAUGACCCGUCCGCAUUGCUGAGUGGCUCCCAGAGUGAGGCUGUCAUCAGUCAAAUGGAGAGCAUGGGCUUCCCCAGAAGCGAUAUCAACCGUGCCAUGAGAGCGGCUUUCUUCAACCCCGAUCGUGCUAUUGAGUAUCUAUUGAAUGGGAUCCCCGACAACAUCCAACAGGAGCAGCAGCAACAGGCUGCCGCAGCCGCCGCACCCCCUGCCCCGUCCGCUCCUUCCGGAGAGAGUGCUCCCUCGUCGACCGGUGGUGAUGAGCCAGUGAAUUUGUUUGAAGCCGCUGCUCAGGCCGGCACUGGAGAGGGCACUGGUCGUGGAGCUCGUGCUGGUGCUGCCGGAGCUGGGGAAGGACUGCCCAACCUCGACUUCCUGCGGAAUAACCCUCACUUUCAGCAGCUCCGCCAGUUGGUCCAGCAACAGCCACAAAUGCUGGAACCCAUCCUUCAGCAAGUCGCCGCUGGUAACCCUCAGAUUGCACAGCUCAUCGGUCAGAAUGAGGAGCAGUUUCUCCAACUCUUGAGUGAAGAGGAUGAUGGCGCGCUGCCUCCAGGUACCCACGCAAUCAGCGUUACAGAGGAGGAGAGAGACGCCAUUGAACGCCUCUGCCGACUUGGUUUCUCUCGCGACCUGGUCAUCCAGGCCUACUUUGCCUGUGAUAAGAACGAAGAGCUCGCAGCCAAUUACCUCUUUGAGAACCCUGAUGAUCCUGACGACAUGUGAUGAACUGCUUUCCUGUGCUUUUGUUUGAGGCUCCUCGUCUACCGGUUGCCUGUCAAUCUACUCGAGUUGAUUCUCCUCUCCUAACGAAUUUUAGCAUGAACGUCUUCUGACUCUUGUACGAAACCGAUUUUGUUUAAACCGGGAUUCGUGCAAGCUUUCUUUUAUCAUUUCCCUGUCAUUUCACUUGCGUGUGUCCUUUCUAUGUCGAAACAGCUGCCCUAGUGAAUGAAAUUGGGAACUCGAUGCUUCAACGUAUGAUAUCUACCUUCUUCUUACGUGACGCGUGGGUCAUGUACCUAUCAAUGAGACGCACUGGGUCAUCUUGACAUGUAUUCUAUUUCUUCUCUCGCCUUUAUUCCGCCGGCAUGACGAGGUUUAGCAACCGGAUCAAAUCGCCCGAUUCCACAUAAAC